AGUAAUAAAUUUUCUCAAAAAAUAUAGAUGGCGGUAGUGCAUCAAAUAAAUUUCUGUCAUUCUGAACGUCAAUCAGAACACUCCAAACUGCUGUAAACAUUAAUAAACCUCGCUCAACAUAUAUUUGUUUAAAGAUGAGCGUCUCAAAAGGCAAAUAUAACAUCGAGAUGCCGUUUGGUCCACCGCCUAUACUGAGCGACAUAAAAUCCGAAAUACGUGCGUACAUUACAUGUCCUGAACGGCUACCCAUUCACCAGAUUGAUAAUGUACAGUGUUACUGGCCAAGAGAACCUGACAUUCUUCAAUUAUUACACUCCGACUUAGCACCUGUAGGCAUGACUUUAAGAUUUGACAGAGAUCCUAUAACAGGCAGUAUAAAAGAUAUGAAGGAAGUCCCAUUACAAGGAGCAGGAGAAACUGCAAGGAACUCUAUGUCGAUGAGUAGAGCACCAGGACCACCGAAAGAAGGAGUCAGAGGUAGUGCGAGCAAUUGUAUUUUCUGGCCUGGUGGUUUCGAAGAAUUAGAACCAACAAAGAACAACAUGACUUCAGAUAUAGAUUUUGAAAAUAAUCUUAGAACCUUAGCAAAAGGCUUCAGUGCAGGCAUUGAAUUCAAGAGUGAUAACUGUACUCCAAAGGAUAAAGAAAUUGAAAAGGCAGCUUCUCCAACACUGGACUCCAAGGAAUCUGAAGUAGAAUCUGAGGAAGUGAACUUAUUGGCAAUGGUUCACGAGCAGAAGAAUUUAAUUGGACUCUGGUCGACACCUUCGGAAACGAAGAAAGAGGAAACAAUCAAAAACGACAUGGAAAUUGACUUAACAAAGCUGGACGAUGUUACGGAUGUGCAGACAAAACCCGACGUUUCUGUUUUGAAAAUAACAUCGACAGGUACCUCACUCAAAACAGAAAUGGAAUGGGCGGAAAUGCUUGAUGUUUCCAUUCCGGUUGCCAAUUUUGAAGAAAAGGUCCCAGAUCUAGCAUUCAAGUAUGAUUACGAAUUGGACACGUUUCAAAAACAGGCUGUUAUCAAACUUGAGGAGGGUUGCAAUGUCUUUGUAGCAGCACACACAUCUGCUGGGAAAACUACGGUAGCAGAAUAUGCUAUAGCUUUGAGUCAAAGGCAUAUGACAAGAACUAUUUAUACGUCACCCAUAAAAGCUCUUUCAAAUCAAAAGUAUCGCGAUUUUAAGAAUAAAUUUGACAGCGUUGGUUUAAUAACCGGCGACUUUCAAAUCAAUCAAACGGCUUCUUGUCUCAUUAUGACUACUGAAAUUCUUCAGUCAAUGCUCUAUUGUGCUUCCGAGGUUCUUAGAGAUUUGGAAUACGUAAUAUUCGACGAAGUGCACUAUAUCAAUAAUGAAGACCGUGGUCACGUUUGGGAGGAAGUGGUGAUUCUAUUACCACCUACGGUCAACAUCGUUAUGCUAUCAGCAACCGUACCGAAUCCUUUGGUAUUUGCCAAUUGGGUAGGUCAAAUAAAAAAACGAAAGAUGUACGUGAUAAGUACUUUGAAACGACCUGUACCACUGCAACACUUCCUUUACACCGGUACGAAUAAAAAGACCAAAAAUGAAAGAUUCCUGAUUCUUGACAGCAAAGGAGAUUUUUUAAUGGAUGGAUACAAUGCAGCCAAAGCUGCAAAAGAUGCUGCCGAAGAGAAAAAAGGUCCUUACGGCCCAGAUACUCGUAGAAGCACAAAGCCAAUUAUGGAUAAGAAGGACAGAAAUCCUCAGAAUAAAGAAAAAACAACAUGGCUUGCUUUUAUAGAUCAUCUUCGUAGUGAGAAUAAUUUGCCGGUAGUCGCGUUUACUUUAUCUAGGAAUCGAUGUGACAAGAAUGCAGAGGCGCUGGAGUCUAUUGAUUUGACAACGAAAAAUGAGAAGGAAUCAAUUAAUACUUUCUUCACACGGUGUAUAAAACGUUUAAAACCAUCGGACACAAUGCUGCCACAAGUUAGGAAGAUGCAGAUGUACCUUUCUAAAGGUAUCGGAGUGCAUCAUAGUGGAAUUUUGCCAAUACUCAAGGAAAUCGUAGAAAUAUUGUUUCAGACUGGAGUGGUGAAGCUCUUAUUCGCUACCGAAACCUUCGCUAUGGGCGUCAACAUGCCAGCACGUACCGUCGUCUUUGAUUCUGUAAGAAAAUACGACGGAACUGGAUUUCGUACUUUGUAUCCUGCAGAAUACAUUCAGAUGGCUGGCCGAGCUGGUCGUCGAGGUUUGGAUCCUACAGGAACCGUAAUAAUAAUGUGUAAGAGCGGCAUUCCUUCCCCACUGGAAUUGAAGAAUAUGAUGUGCGGUGAACCAAAAAAUCUAGAGUCCCAAUUUCGGGUUACGUAUUCGAUGAUAUUAAAUUUGCGAAGAAUCAGUGAAGCAGUUACUGUAGAAGGGAUGAUGAGGAGAUCCUUCAAGGAAUCGAAACUGAUAUCAAAACAACAGAAAUUUAAGAAAGACCUUAACGAGAUAGAGAAGCAAUUGGCAGAUUUGCCAGAAUUUAACGAUCUUCAGAAACAAAUUGCUGAAUUUUAUACUGUCGCAAAGGAAUAUAUUCAGGAGUUAAAGCCACUGAAACCCCGGAUGUUCACCAUGAAGAAACCCUCCAAGGCUUUAACCGUCGGCAGGAUCCUGAUUAUAUCUCAUAUGCAUCAUUAUAAUAAGCUAGCUCUUUUGUUGCGCAUUGUACCAAAGGGUGUAGAUUUACAGUACAAGGUACUGGUGCUGGACAAUUCUGAAGAGACACCCUCAAGCGAUGAUAUACAGUUAGAGACCCCAGAUUCGAAACCUGAAUCUAAUCUCAAGUCUAUUAAUUUCUAUAAGAUGAUUGCAUUAACGAAAAAGGAAUUAUUCGUUCCUGAGGGAGUCGCUUCGCAUCAAGUUCUACAGAUUCCUCCAGAUGAUAUAUUAGAAAUUACCAAUUGUACGAUGAAGGUUGAUAGUAAUUUAAUAAUUAGUGACUGGGAGAGACGUCAGAUACCAAGAUUCAAAGACACUCCACCUGGUCCUACGUGUCAAGCAGCCAUACAAGAACUGACAACGAUAUCUUUAAACGCUGUGGCGAAUCCUGAAAUCCUUUUACCUUAUACAAACAUGAGUGUGAAUGAUCAUGAACUUUUAACUAAUAUGACGUAUCUGGAGAAUUUGAAAAAAAAAUUAAGUAAUUUCAAGUACGGAGAUAUUGUCAACUUUGAGGAACAGUUCGAGCUGGUUUUCAUGCGAAAGGAACUUGAGGACCGCAGAGCAAAACUUCAAUUUGCACUCAGUGAUGAGAGUUUAACAUUUUAUCCAGAUUAUAAGAACAGAGUAGAAGUACUCAGACAUCUUCGAUACAUUGAUCAGGAUGAGAGAGUGGCACUAAAGGGUAGAGUUGCGUUAGAAAUGGGCACUCACGAGCUGCUCAUCACGGAAUUGGUCUUCAGAAACGUCCUGACAGUUUUACCACCAGCAGAGAUAGCUGCUCUACUGUCAGCGCUUGUUUAUCAGCAAAGGAGUAAUGAGCAACUUAAACUUCCUAGUCAUUUGGAUUCAUUGCAAAAGAGUUGUGAAGCUUUAACGGAGGUAUACGACGCUAUUGUGUCAGUGGAAAAGGAGUUUGGGGUAGACCCGACCGAACCUUUAAAUUUUAACUUGGUGGAGGUCGUCUACGAGUGGGCACGAGAAAAACCAUUUACAAAAAUUAUGGAACUAACAGACGUACAGGAAGGAAUUAUUGUUAGGUGUAUUCAGCAGCUAAACGAGACUCUGCGCGACGUGAAGAAUGCAGCUAUAAUUAUCGGCGACCCUGUCCUUAAAGAAAAAAUGGAGGAAGCUUCGACGGCUAUUAAGCGGGACAUUGUUUUCGCUGCUUCUUUAUAUACUCAAGAAUGAGCCACGAUUCGAUUGUACAUCGUUUCUUUAACCUUUUGCAAUCAUUUUUUCUCUCUUUCGUCUGUCUUCGGUACCCAUUCUUUUUCUAAGAGGAUAGUAGUCUUUAUGCAUUUUUGUAAAGAUAUUUUCAAUUGAAUUCGCCCUGUAUUGUCGGGUUUGCGUAAUUGUACAUUCAUUGUUUUGCAUAAUAUUAACACAUCCGGGAUUGGAAUGUAUCGUACUGUGCUAUUGCACGAAAGUACAUCACCGAAACAUAAUAUUCUACAAUUGAAUUUA